UGAGAGCAGAACGCAGCGCGAGGAGUGUCAGUAAGGACGGGAGCAGCGACUGUGAACUGGUGGCACAUUAGUGUGUUGAACAAGCAAGAUGUCCUUUGCUAGUGAUAAACUUUAUAAUGGUUAUUUGCGGCAGAAUAUGCCGGUCAUUGUUAGCAAGGUGAAAGUGAGAGAAAUAGUACCGUUCCUUCCCUGCCUGACGGCUCAUGACAGGGAAAUCAUAGAGGCCAAACGGGAAACUUCUGGGAAUUUCAAUGCUAUGGUGCUUCUCCUGGAAUGUCUGAAAAGAAGGGAGAACUGGCCGGAGCAGUUCAUCCAGGCGCUUCAGGCUUGUGAGCACACAACGCUCGCAGCUGACAUCCAAAACGAAUAUGACACUCUGCUAAAGGCUCACAAUCCCAGCUCAGGCUUGGCUGCAGCUACCGUGGUGAGGGCUCAUGUCCACCCGGCUCCAGCCGCCAGCCAGCUGCCCGUCUCUGAGAGCGUUGCAGAUGUUCAGCCGGUUCCCGUUGCAGAUGUUCAGCCGGUUCCCGUUGCAGAUGUUCAGCCGGCUCCCCCUGAGCCAGCCUCUCAGGCCUCGGCUCCCGUCCACACUCCUGCACAGCAGCAAGUCCCUCAGAUGGCGUUCGAUUCCCCACCUGAACCCAUCUCCGAGCCGCCCGCUCAGGAUGAGUUUCCACGUCUCCCAUCUACUCCGCCCCCGUCUCCUGAGAUCCAGCAUGCAGUCGAGGGAAACCACGCUCCCUACCAGGAGCCCGAGGAAAACUCAGAGUCUGAUAUCCAGGAUCCUUCUGGUGAUACUGGCGCAGGGAGGAAAGAGGCUGUCGUCGUGCCGAACUCCCCUCAGCAGCAGCAGCACCAAGAUCCGGUCCCUCAAAGUGGAGCUGAUCAUCUCCAAACAGCAGCAGCCACAAAGCCGAGUCUGUCUUCAACGUCAUUCAGCUCUGAUGUAUCUGAUCGGUCAUCUGUGGUAACUCUGACUCCAGAGAAACAUCCAGUCCAGGACACGACCCCACCAGCACUCAAGGUUCCUCUGCAGCCCCAGAUGAGUGCUGAACAUACAGCUGCUCAGGUUGUUAAAAGUAGACCACAGACUGAAGCUUCUUCUUCUCCUGAGCCGUUUGCCAACAAAAGAGACGGCUUUCAUCAAGACGCUAAUGAUAACUCAGUGUGCCUGAGCAAACCUGGUCAGCUCGUUAGCAUCCAGCCAGUUAAUCCUCCACUCCAGCCUCAGAGCUCCUCGCUGCAGCCUUACUCCGGUGAUACUGGGCGACUGGAACUAAGCGACCCUUCACCAAACACCCGUCUUCCUUCCUGCACCGCUCAAGUCGAGAAGCCUGAUUCAGCAGAACCACAUCAGGAGAACGGGAUUGUUCCAGACCACAGCGAACCAGAGGAGAACCACUACGAGUCUCCAAACCAGAGCUUCGACGUGGCGGAGAACGUGGUUCAUGUAGCAGAGAUGCCAUCCAUCCUCAAUUGCGACGGCCAAGCUCCAGAGCCAGAACUUCAAAUCGUCAAUGGAGAACCGGCCAAAGGAAGCUUUUCUCCAAGCGAGAACCCUGCAGAUGACACUGCGUCAAGUUUUCACAGCCUGCACAGCGAGAACAAUGCGCCAAUCGAGUCAACGCCUCUGUCUAAUUCAGAGAAAACCACUCCUUCCGACCCCAGCAAUGGCCAAUCCGUGACAAGAAAGCACAUUCUGAUCGGUGCCGGAGUGGGGGCCUGCAUUCUGUUGAUGGCGAUGAAGUUUAAGCGUUAAAAACAGGCAAGUCAAGUGGGUAAUGAGUGACUGAGAAUCGUCAUAGUCUCAUGUUGUAAUCCUUGCACCGAGAGGGCACAGGACAGACGUUUAAUAAUUACCGGUAGGAAUGACAGCUACCAUGCCAGACCUUUGAUCGUGUCAUUAAUUCAUAUCUGUUGUUGGUGUUCUGCAAUGAAUGACUUUGACUUUGGCAUAAGAAACCCCAAAUCAGAACUCUUGACAUUAGCUGGGACCCUUCAGUGAGGUGAGGUGGCAUUUCAGGUUAUUUCUUAACUAGCUGCAAAUGUGGAUUUUUCUGAAGGUACCUGAUGGAAAAUAAUGGUGCCUCACAAUAAUAUUCACACAUUUUAACUUCAAUGCGUUUUAUUGAGAUUUUAUGUGAUGCAUAACUGAAUUAGAAGUUUAAAAAUUGGUGGAAAGAAAAUUGAGGCAUUUGUUCUCCAGUGUUCUAUAGAAAACCACUGAGGUCUAUAUAAAACAGCUGGAUUUGAGAUCAAGAGUGUUUUCAUACCUGAUAGUCCGAUAAACUCUGUUCGAUUGGGGGCUAAACUUGUGACAUUUGUUAUAUUUUCAGCUGUUAAUCGGUACUGCAUUGUCAAAUAAUCCCAACUAAUUGAAAAACCUGUUCCUUCCCUCACCUGUGGGGGCACUGCACCAAUAACCACUGAAUGAAAUGACACAAAAACGUCUGAAGAAGACACUGAGGGCAACUUCCUUCUUCACGACAUCUAAACAAAAAUGGAGUGGCGUCAGAUUUUAGUGGUGGCAGGAUUUCUCUUUUGUCUUUGGCUACAGACCACGAGCCAUUUGUCCCACUAGUGCUGCGUACACGUUUGUUUGUAUUUACCCAGAAUGCUGCGACUUAUAGUUCGCUUCCUGCUUUUUGAUCUUUCUCCGGUCUGCUUGCAUCCACAUAUGCAUUCGUACCGCACCAUUCACUUCAACCAAACUGAGACCUAGGUUUGUUGGCGGUCCAGAAUUCACUUUUGUUGGUCCCCGCCAGAGUUCGGUUACGCUCUCACAUCUCCCCGAACAAACCAGAUCUUCAGCUAGUUCAACACACAAGGGUUCAGUUGAAGCGGACUAAUCAGGGCUGGAGUGAUGCAUCCUAAAUGAAACAUAAUGCUCCAUGGCAUGGAGGUAGUUUGCACUAGAAAAGCAAAGAAGUCCUUCAGUUCAAAUCCUUGCAGGUAGUCUUGCAUGUUCUCUAUGUACAUCAUAGGUGGGUUUGUUAGGUUUAUCGGUUUGUUCAAAGUGCCUCUAAGAGUGCGACAGGUACCUAGACCUGCAAAGACUUCUAUUGCCAAAUUGUUGCACAGAAUUUCAUUCAAGGAUACCGGAGUAACACAUGCAUACACACUGUAAAAUCUCUGAAACAUACAUUGAUAUGUUUUUGACUUUAUCAGAUGAGGAAAACGUUCAAGGGGUGGGAAUUCUUUUCACAAGCCACUGUCUGAUCUUUGACUUAUCUUGGAGGUGGAAGAAGUGGGAGGCAGGAGCUUUUCAUAUUUAAUUCUUUACUUCCUGUUUGUACAUGGAAGAGGGGCUGCAAAAUCCCGCUGUACUCCAUAUUUAUUUGUACAUAUUUUACAUAUUUACUCUACGUAGGUGUGUACCUAUUAAGAAAAACGAAAAAAUUUUAAAAAGUCUAAAUAUUAUGCAAGUUAUUAUUCUUUGUUCUUCUUGAAGAAAAAAAAACUAUCUAUUUCAAAUUUUAGCUCCAUUUUUUUUAACAAAAUAUUUUUAUGACAAAUAGAUUGUGGAUUUAUGUAAUAAGAUGGAUUUUUAACUAGGACUUGCUGAUUCUUACAUGAUUUUAUCAGUUGAAAUGUUUUAACAUGAAACAGAAAAUGUAGUUAAUGUUACUGCAUUAUAUAAAAAAGAUAUAAAUCACCUUUAAAGUGUGUAAAUGAGCAUCCUGGCUGACUUGGAGGGUCCUUAGCAGUUUGUUAAUCAAUGAUUUAAAUCAUUCUUUCUGCCAUCUCGUAGACAUAUUUAGUUUUACAGGUUGUUUUCCUUCAGGUAGAAAUGUCUCCUGCAUCACAAUGUAAAGGUGAAAGAUUUUAUUGUAAAUAGUUUGUCGAUAAACAAAGCGCACUUUUUAAAGAGUAUUUCAUUAUGUUUGCACGUGUAAACUGCCUAGCUGGAAAUAGACUGGAGUGUCUUCACUGUUUUUCUUCGGGUUUUGCUCUUAAGCUCUGUCUGAACUUGUAUGCACUGUUUGUAUCUAUGCACUGCGACAGUCACAUCAAUAAAAUACAUUGAUACAAUUUGAA